GUUUUACCUGCCUGCCGUGACGUCAAGGGACCUUCAGGAAAUAGACACGGUGGAAUCCAUGAUCACCUCGGGCUGAUAAAUGCGUCUACUUUGGAUGGAGAAAGGAAAUUAAAACUGUUGUCGCCUCGUGUUAGACUUUCAUCAGAGUUUGUGUGACUUGUUGACUUGCGCGCUGAGCUCUGACCACCAUGUCUGCCUCCGCUGUGUUUGUGUUGGACCUGAAGGGGAAGGUGCUGAUUUGCCGGAACUACAAAGGCGAUGUGGACAUGGCAGAGAUCGACCACUUCAUGCCUUUACUGAUGACACAUGAAGAAGAAGGCCUCCUCUGUCCUGUGCUGUCACAUGGCACUGUCCACUUCAUGUGGAUCAAACACAGCAACCUUUACUUGGUGGCCACAACAAACAAGAACUCCAACGCCUCUCUUGUUUACUCAUUUCUUUACAAACUAGUGGAGGUCUUUACGGAGUAUUUCAAAGAGUUGGAGGAGGAGAGCAUUCAGGACAAUUUUGUGGUGGUCUAUGAGCUGCUGGACGAGCUGAUGGACUUUGGAUUUCCUCAGACAACUGACAGCAAGAUUCUACAAGAAUACAUCACUCAGGAAGGGGCCAAGCUUGAGGUGGCAAAGUCUAAAGUUCCCACCACCGUCACCAACGCUGUCUCCUGGAGGUCAGAAGGGAUCAAAUACAAGAAGAACGAGGUCUUUAUAGAUGUCAUUGAGUCCAUCAAUGUACUGGUGAAUGCUAAUGGCAGUGUGAUGAGCAGUGACAUUGUUGGCAGCAUCAAGCUAAAGACGAUGCUCUCUGGGAUGCCUGAGCUGCGGCUUGGCCUAAAUGAUCGAGUGCUUUUUUCUCUCACUGGACGUGACAAAGGAAAGACAGUGAUGAUGGAGGAUGUGAAGUUCCACCAAUGUGUCCGUCUCUCCCGUUUUGAGAAUGAUCGAACAAUCUCUUUCAUUCCUCCUGACGGGGAGUCUGAGCUCAUGUCCUACCGCAUCAACACACAUGUGAAGCCUCUGAUAUGGAUUGAAUCAGUUAUAGAGAAAUUCUCUCACAGUAGAGUGGAAAUCAUGGUUAAGGCAAAGGGACAAUUUAAAAAACAGUCCGUGGCAAACAAUGUGGAGGUGAGGGUCCCUGUCCCAAGUGAUGCUGAUUCACCGAAGUUCAAAACAAGCACAGGCCAUGCCAAAUACGUUCCUGAAAAGAACCUGGUGGUGUGGCACAUCAAGUCUUUUCCUGGAGGAAAAGAGUUUCUAAUGAGAGCUCAUUUUGGUCUGCCCAGUGUUGAAAACGACGAGCUUGAGGGCAAACCUCCCAUCACUGUUAAAUUUGAAAUCCCAUACUUCACAGUCUCAGGAAUACAGGUGCGAUAUAUGAAGAUUAUUGAAAAAAGUGGUUACCAGGCUCUACCUUGGGUGCGGUACAUUACACAGAGUGGAGACUACCAGCUGAGGACCAAUACAUAAAGCCUGUGGGAUUGCUGCAUAUUCUUCCCUAACUGGACUUCAUGAGGAGCAUCUAUGAUCAUUUUAUUUUGACUGAAAGAAUGUCUUUAAAUUUCACCUGCUGUAUUUGAUGCAGCAGGUUAUGUUUCAAUGAAUCUGUGUGCAAUUUGAUUUUAUUGUUUGUAUUGUGUGACCACUGCUAAUUGUGUAUAUUAUUAAUCAAAAACAGAUUUUAAAUAUGUUGUCAUCAUUAACUACUGGGGAUAUGCUCUGUCCUUUUUUCCCAAGAUAUUCUAACACCAUAUAUGAGCACCUUUUGUCUUGAUAUUGUGCUUGUGCAUUAUGUAAUCACAGUCGCUAAAAUCCGCCUAAAUUAAAAAACUUACACCCGC